GCCAAGAACUUCGCCAUCUUGGUACCAACUGCGCUGUCGGCUGAGCAUCACCAAGUCGAUCUCUUCUUUAUUACCGCUACAAUCAAUCUCAGAACCCCACGCAAACGCUUGGUACGACGUGUUUGAUCCAUUGCGAUCUGAAUCAACUUCAACCCUAAUACUCUAUCGUACUCAUUCCAACUUGCACUCUUCAGCCCCGCGCUCGCUCGACUUGAACGACCACUACACUCUCAAACUCUCCCUCAUCCGCAUAUUUCCAUACCUCAGCCAUGGCUUUGAAGCGUAUCAACAAGGAACUCACAGAUCUCGGCCGUGAUCCUCCUUCAUCAUGUUCCGCAGGUCCUAUGGGUGAUGAUCUGUUCCAUUGGCAAGCAACCAUCAUGGGUCCCAGCGACAGCCCUUUCCAAGGCGGUGUCUUCUUCCUGUCCAUCCACUUCCCAACAGACUACCCCUUCAAGCCGCCGAAGGUCAACUUCACCACCCGAAUUUAUCACCCCAACAUCAACUCGAAUGGCAGCAUCUGUUUGGAUAUUCUGCGAGACCAGUGGAGUCCAGCUCUGACGAUAUCAAAAGUCCUACUAUCCAUCUGCUCCAUGCUUACAGACCCAAACCCCGACGACCCUCUUGUUCCGGAGAUCGCCCACGUGUACAAGACCGAUCGCGCUCGAUACGAGGCAACAGCGAGAGAGUGGACGAGAAAGUUUGCAAUCUAGUUGCUGUGGAAGAUGGAGGGGUGUGGCCUGUGCUCGGAGACUUUGAGAGCCGUUGCGGUGCAGUACGUUAGAUGCAGUGACAUCGUAGACUGCAGCAUACACGGGGAGUGGUGAAGCAGGGUGGAGAGGAGACAUGCAUUACAAUACGGAUGUGAUGGAAGCAACAGGAGAAACGGGCGCAGAUGUUCUGGAGAGUGCACUACUCCAGCAGCACGAUCUGGAAUGAACUCUUAUGAUGCAUUACACUAUGGGGCGUGCUUUAGGGAUAACAGUGUGCUCUUUGUGCUCUUUGUGCUCUUUGUGCUCUUUGUGCUCUUUG